ACUGUGGAGUCUGAAAUGCUGACACCGGCAUUCCAUACUCUAUUACUCAACCGCUUAAAACCUGUGGUGCUCUCACCAAUGGUGCACCUUUCCUUGGACAUGGGGUGAGCUCGGCCCGGUCAACUGUCACUACAAGUGCAAAAGCAGUAAUUCAUCCGCUCCAAGCGGAGGAGGGGGAAGAAUAGCUGAGAAGCUGAGCGAAUUAUCAAACGCCAGGCAUUCCGAACUUUGAUAACGGUCAAUUGGGGCUCGGGCCGCGACCGAGUUCAUAGCGUCGCGGGGUCGUCGUAAUGCCCACAGUUCCAAAACCCGGCCCCAACGUUUCCUCAAAUUUGCCGCGCACCUACUUUUGAUACCCAAAUGGUCUCCAGCCAGCUCUCGAUUCAUGAUUAGAUAAUUUUUUUUUUUCAAUUUUCUUCCGAUCCAUCAAGAUGUCUGCAGAAGAGCAAGCCCAGGGAGCAGAGAUCACCAUCGACGCGAAUGACGACACUGAUCGUGAUUCCUCAUUCGAAGAGGAUGUGACGGCUGAGUCGACAACCUCCCUGAACGACAGUAUUUUGCAGUAUCGGACCUUACAUGGACGGCGAUAUCAUAACUUCAAAGAUUCUGAGUAUUGGGGGCCUAAUGAUGAGAGUCAAAAUGAGCAGCUUGAUAUUGGGCAUCAUAUGUUGACAUUGCUGUUGGGAGGGGAGCUGUUUUUGGCGCCAAUUGGUGAUCAUCCACAAAAUGUCAUCGACGUGGGAACAGGAACAGGCAUCUGGGCAAUGGACUUCGCCGAUAAGUUUCCCUCGGCUCAAGUGGUUGGGACAGAUCUCUCGGAUAUCCAGCCUCGCUGGGUUCCACCCAAUUGCAAAUUCGAAUUGGACGACGCGCAAUUGGAAUGGACGUUCCCCCCAGCUCAUUUCGACUUCGUACACUUGAGAUGUCUCAUGGGAAGCAUAAAGGAUUGGCCGUAUAUUUACAGUGAAAUUUACCGGUGCACGAAACCAGGGGGAUGGAUUGAGCACGUGGACAUGGACAUCGAGUUCAAGUCUGACGAUGACUCGGUUGGGGAGGGCCAUAUUAUGCAGCGGUGGUCCAAGACUUUCAUCGAUUGCGGAGAGCAAAUGGGAAGGACGUUCCUGAUUGGUAAGCGGUCUAAAGGUCUCCUUGAAGCUGCAGGAUUUGUCAAUGUUGUUGAGAAGAGAUACAAAGUUCCUGUAGGGAGCUGGCCAAGUAAUAAGGGGUUGAAGACGAUCGGACAAUACAAUCUGCUGUAUUGUGUUCAGGGGCUAGAGGGGUGGGCCUUGUGGAUAUUGACGACAAUUUUGAGGUGGAGUUACGAAGAAAUCCAAGUCUUCAUAGCUCAGAUGAGAGCGGCGAUAUUGAAGCGGUCGAACCAUUCGUAUUAUGAGGUCAUUGCUGUCUAUGGGCAAAAACCUGAAACUAAGACCAAGAAAGCCGCACCGACCGCCGAGGGAGGAGAAGAACCAACAGAGUCUGUUCUAUCGGCUGGGGCAGCUCCAUCGGCGAGCGCGGGACCUUCUUGAUCUGCAGUUCAGCCUCAGUUCUCGGUUUGUCCCCGUCAGGCUGCCAGGUGUGCAUCUGUAUUCUUUGCUCAAUUGCAAUUUGCAACGGUGGGUGUCGGACCUAGGCUGUUAAAUAUCGACGAGCCAAAAGCAUCUGUAUUUUUCCACGUUCUUGUUUUGUACGAAAUUGUCCCUUGUGAAGUGAUG